CCACCCGACCCUUGUUUUGGUUCUUCUCUCAGCGCCUUUUCAUCUUCGUUCCUCUCCUCUCCCCGGACUCCGUCCUUGCAUCGCACCUCCCCGUGGUCUCCAGCAUAAGCUGGCGCCCUAAUCCGCGCUCACCGAUAAUGCUGCAGGAGUUCGUCGACAACGUCAUCGCCGUCAUCAAAGAGUCUGUGAAGACAUUCACAUAUGAGACGUUGAACAACAUCGCGAGAUUGAUAAAUGGAAUAUCAGCACUCUUGUUGACACUGUUACCUGGAAAAGCCAACAUUUUGGAAGGGGUCAGUGGCUGGGAACUUAGGCCAGCAUUUCGCGGGCCACGUCUUCCUCGUUGGAUGGAAAGUGGGGUCUCUUCAUUUAACGAGUUCAUUCACGAACUUUCUGCCGAUUCGGAGUUUGAAUCAAUUGCUGGCUCUGUCCCUGGGGAUGAUGACAAUGAAGAGUUUGUCUGCCCUCCUUCUCCGUUGUCCCAAAGUUCACGAUUGUCACACACAAGCAGCUUUGGUAGACAUGACCGUCGAUUGAGAAGGCCUAUCAAAUAUGCAGUUUCCUGGAUUAUUUGGCCUGUGAAGAUUUUCCUUUCUUUGCUGCUCGUCUUGUUCAAUGCUGUCAAAUAUCGGAUAUCAAGGGCAUCUGCUAAAACCCCAGAAAGUCCUUAUUUAUCGAGGAGCAUAUCUGCGAAAAAACCAAUUCACAUGAAGGAUCAAGUCCUACAACGAACGACUGAUAGAAGGCGCGGAGUUGUCGAGGAUGUUCAUUUGGCAGUUGAGAUAUUCAUUGAAUCAGUUUUUGACGUUGUUCAUAAAGGAGCACAUUAUGUUCUUUCUCCUUCUGAGGUGUGGCAGAAGUUAUUUUGGUGGAUUCAUGGAAACAGGGUUGGUAACAGUAGUCCUGCUGUUGAUGUGCCAACAGCUAACAUUGGCAGUGAUAAUCCAGUUCCAACUGAAAGGAAGACCGUAUAUCGUCAUGCAUUGAACACAGAUUCUCGGACAUGUGAAGAUGUUAUAACUGAACUUGGGUAUCCUUUUGAGGCUAUAAAGGUGGUUACUUCAGAUGGAUAUGUUCUGCUGCUGGAGAGAAUCCCCAGGCGUGAUUCACGGAAGGUUGUGUUGUUGCAACAUGGAGUACUGGACUCAUCUAUGGGUUGGGUAUCAAAUGGUGUUGUUGGCUCACCUGCAUUUGCAGCUUAUGAUCAAGGUUAUGAUGUUUUUCUUGGAAAUCUCCGUGGUUUGGUUUCAAGAGAGCAUAUGGAUAAAAAUCUUUCUUCCUCCAAGUACUGGAAAUAUUCUGUCAAUGAGCAUGGAACCAAAGAUAUGCCAGCAAUAAUCGAGGAAAUUCACAAGAUUAAAACUUCAGAACUUGGCAGCAGUCAGAAUCUUAUUGGGGAGGAAAUGGAAGAUCAAAAUGGUGACAUAAAGAAUUCGGAAAUACAGACUUCAGAGGAAGACGUGACAAAAAAUCAGCCUUAUAAGCUCUGUGCUGUCUGCCACAGCCUGGGUGGUGCAGUUAUGUUGAUGUAUGUGGUGACAUCAAGGAUUGCGCAGAAGCCCCACAGGUUGUCAAGAUUGGUCUUGCUAUCUCCUGCCGGUUUUCACGAGGAUUCAAAUGUGGUGUUCAGCUUGGUGGAGAAGAUCAUCCUGUUUGUUGGUCCAGUACUUGCUCCACUUGUGCCUGGGCUGUACAUACCAACUCGAUUCUUCAGGAUGCUUCUGAACAAAUUAGCUAGGGAUUUCCACAACUAUCCAGCUUUGGGUGGUCUCGUCCAAACCCUUAUGGGGUACGUUGUUGGUGGUGACAGUUCAAAUUGGGUGGGAGUACUUGGGUUGCCUCACUACAACAUGGAUGACAUGCCCGGUGUAUCGUUUCAUGUUGUACUCCAUCUUGCACAGAUAAAGAGGGCGAAGAGGUUCCAAAUGUAUGACUAUGGAAGUGCCGCGGCAAACAUGGAAGCGUAUGGAACACCAAAACCAUUGGACCUGGGAGCUCACUACAGUCUUAUUGACAUCCCCAUGGACCUGGUUGCUGGGCAAAGAGACAGAGUAAUCUCACCAACCAUGGUGAAGAAGCACUACAAGUUGAUGCGGAAGGCUGGUGUUGAAGUCUCCUAUAAUGAAUUCGAGUAUGCUCAUUUGGAUUUCACAUUUUCACACAGGGAAGAGCUUUUGUCCUAUGUUAUGUCCCGCCUGGCCUUAGCAGCUGACGCAGGUAAAGGCCGCAUCAAGCAGACCACUGUGCGACUAAGGAAGCCGAAGAGAGUUCAGUCAGAAAUGGAGAAGGAUCGUGCCAUGGAGUAUAGAGGCGCAGAUGAAGAGAUACCUGGUGAACCAAAUGGGCAUAGCAAGUGAUGCAAAUUUCUGACUAGCUGUUGUUGUACGUAGUUUUGUGCAUAGGUAGUAUAUAUACGACACGCCGCUCUCUGCAUACUUCUACAAUCUACACCAUGUAGAAGAAUAUUUGAGGAUGGAUAGUGCACAGUUUUAAUAGUGAAGUUCGAUGGGGACUCUUUUAUAUCCUUGUCGGAAACCAGACUGGUACAUGUAUACAUGAUAUGUUAAUGUUUUCACACAAAUGAAUAUAACUGACACAGGGACAGGCUAUUUUUU